AUGUUGAGGCAUGUCUUACUUGCAAAGGACUCCUGCAAACUUUCAACGAGACGAUGUCAUUACUGUCCACAGUCUUUGAAUUUGGACACCCUCAAAUCAGCUGAGAUUCAUAUUUUGAGAGAGGUACAAAGGUCUGAAUUCAGUGAAGAGGUAGAAUGUCUCAUCAAGGAGAAGCCCAUACCUAAAGGUAGCAGCAUCAUUUCCUUGGCACCAUUUCUGGACUCCAAUGGCUUACUACGUGUUGGUGGUAGGAUUUCUGCUCUACAGAAGUUAGUUGACUUGGACGUAUAUCCUAUAAUCAUACCUAAGAAAUCCCACAUAGCCACCUUAUUGACUAGGUAUUUUCAUGAGAAGGUGUCCCACCAAGGACGUAAGAUGACAGAAGGCAAGAUCAGGUCAUCAGGAUUCUGGAUAAUUGGAGUCAAGCGUCUAAUAGCGUCAGAGAUUCACCACUGUGUAACAUGUCGCAAAUUGCGAGGAGCCUUCUGUGGUCAGAAAAAGGCUAACCUUCCAAAGGAUCGUUUGACCCCACGACCUCCAUUUACGUUCGUUGGCCUGAAUACGUUUGGACCUUGGGAUGUAACGGCAAGGCGCACAAGGGGAGGAUUAGCCACAAGCAAAAGAUGGGCAAUUAUGUUUACGUGCCUAAUAUCAAGGGGUAUCCACAUUGAGCUCGUUGAGGAAUUGAGCACUUCCUCUUUCAUUAAUGCGUUAAGGCGUUUCCUUUCUAUACGAGGACCUGUCCGUCAAUUUCGUUCUGACAGAGGAACCAAAUUUAUUGGUGCAGUAAAGGAACUACAGAUGGUUCAUCAGUUCGUGGAGAAACCCAUGGUACAGAGAUUCUUGCAGGACAAUGAGUGCUCAUGGAUAUUCAACCCUCCACAUGCAUCCCACUUUGGUGGAGCCUGGGAGCGCAUGAUCGGUGUGACGCGCAGAAUCUUGGACGGUAUGCUUCUACGAAAUGGAAUGAAAGGUUUAACCCAUGACACACUUUCUACAUUUCUGGCAGAAGUUUGCGCUAUAGUGAAUUCAUUACCACUUACCACCAUUACAGAGGAUGCCAGUGAUCCAUCCUUCCUUACACCUGCAAUGAUACUCACUCAGAAGAUAGGACAUUUACCAGAAUCAUUGCCGGACAUUGACCCCAAAGAAUUAUACAAGUAUCCAUCCUUCCUUACACCUGCAAUGAUACUCACUCAGAAGAUAGGACAUUUACCAGAAUCAUUGCCGGACAUUGACCCCAAAGAAUUAUACAAGUCUCAGAGGCAUUACGUUCAAACUCUUGCAGCUGAAUUUUGGCGAAAAUGGGAAUGUGAGUACUUAUCCGCCCUUCAAACUCGACGAAAGAGGACAUUAGAAGAACCUAGUUUAAAGGAAGGAGACGUGGUGAUGCUAGAAGAAUCUGAGAGUCCAAGGAAUCAGUGGUCGGUUGCACGUGUGAAUAGAAUCUUUCCUUCUACUGAUGGACAUGUACGUGAAGUUGAAGUGCGUGUGGUUAGGGGGGGACACUGUAUCUCAUUAUGUUAG